CUUCAUCUUCUCUUUCUUAAGAGGGAAAGAUUGAGUAUAUGUUCAAACAGCAGUGAACAUAUAUAUAUAGUGAUCAAUCAUUUCCCUUCUUUAUCAAAUUAAAGGUUCUCCAAGAAGUCUGAAGCUAGACUCUCUGCGUCGAUGGCGAAGAAGAGAAGCUGGUUGCGAAAGAGGAAGGUCUGUCGCCUGGGCAUCAAAAAGGGAGUAGUACGAGUGGGUGUUGAUCAAGAGAUGGAGAUGGAGAUGGAGAACUUGAAGUUGUAUUUGGAAAACAAGUUUAUCAUGGAGGAGAACAAGAGGCUGAGGGAGAGGGCCCUUGUACUUGUCCGGGAGAAUAGCGCAUUGAGAUGCCACCUUGAUUACCCAAAAAAAGCCAGUAUAAAGCACAUUGUGUGCUAAUUAUAUAAUUUGUUCAUCCAAUUCAUAUGGCUAGCUAUCUGUUCUACGUACCUUUCUAUAUAUCUUAAUUAUCUUCAGCUUCUG